AUGUCUCGAGAAAAGGUCAUGAUGACAGCUGCCGCCGGCGCAGGUCUCAUCGGUGCAACCGUCUACGCUACGCGAAGAAAUAACACCAACAACCAAGAUAACAGGAACAUCGCCCAGCAAAAGCGUGAUCUCGGCCUCGGCGGCGCAGGAAUCGGAGGAAAUAAAAUGGCCGGGGGCAUGGAGAGAGGAGGUCGACCUGGCGCAGGGGAUGGAGAUCCAGGACGUCAGGUCACGACUGCGGAAUCGAGGGACAAAUUGCCUUCUGGCCAAAUUGGCGGUGGUGAGGGAGCGGGAGGUUCGAGCGCGCGUAGAACACAGCUCCCUUUUACGGGAUCAAACUCCAAGGGUAGUUCUGGCGAUGAUCAGACUGAGAAAAACCCUAACAAAACCAACACGACACCAGAGACAAAAUCUAGUUCACCAGAGAGGUCUGGGUGGUUAAACUCUAUGAAGAGUACGGUGAGCGGAAAGUCGACUGCUAGUCGCAAGGACGAAGAAGGGCUUCAUGGCACAAGAGGUAUUAGCGAGAUGGGACCAGUCGUACCUUCGAAGAAGAAGCCAGCAGAUGCUUCAGAAUAG